ACUCCCAAAGGACAGCCUCGUAAAUCCACGUCUUUCCACUGCCAAGUGCAAUGUGCAAUGACAGAGAAUGUAAAAAGCCUCACUCUCAAAGUCACAGAAUCCUCGCCCACAACAGAGAGAGAGAAAGCGAAAUGGGGUUAUUUCCGAAAGUGAAGGGCAACAACACCGACAGCCAGAACAACAGUGGCAUGGGUUUUCUCUUAGUUUUGUUCCCAGAAGAUAACACUUCAACACCAACACCAACACCAACACCAACCAUUGCUACCAAAACCAACCUUGUCUCUCCUUCAAACAAUGCUCUUCUCUCCAAAGCCCAAUCCACACUUUCUAUAUGCCUCCUCCUCCUCUUCACCACCCUCCUCCUCUUCACCCUCUCCACCUUCGAACCCUCCAAACCCCACAACGCCCGAAACGACGCCGUCGUCGUCGUAGCCAACCCUCCCUCUCCCACCGCACUCCAACGCAUGGGCCACCUCUACCGCAGAGGCACCCGCCCCAUGAACGACAUCGUCGUUUGCCACGUCACCCCAGACACCACCCACCACGACUUCACCCUCUUCCUCAGACUCCUCCACCGCUCAACGCUCACUUCCAAAUCCGACGUCGUUUUCAUCUUCCCCUCCUCCUCCACUCGCUCCACCCUUGCUCCCAUUCUCCACCAAGAGAACAACUCCUUUCUCCAACUCGUUAAUCUCCACGCCGAGUUGAACUCAACUCGCUUCACCAAAUCGUCCGGCUCGAGCUUCAACGUCACCAAAUUCUUCAAGGUGUCCAAGACAGGAGACCCUGUUUGGGGCAAGAAAAUUCGAAGUGCAAAUAAUAGUGGCUCAGGAGAUGAGUUGACUCGGCUGAGUUACGGCUCGGUGCUGAGUUUCGACGCCAACGAACUCGACCCGGAGAAUUCCCUGGCCGGGUUUCUGAACCGGGUUCCGCUGAGUCUAAGAAGGUGGGCGUGUUACUCCAUGUUACUCGGCCGAGUCAGGAGGAACUUCAAGCACGUGAUGCUCGUGGACGUUAAAAGCGUGGUGGUUUUAAACGACCCACUCGGGCGAGUCAGGAAUCGGAGUCCCGACUCGGUUUAUGUUUUUCCUAGUGGAAAACACGGGAGGAACUCGGAGAGGACUCAGUCUCCGCGCCUGGUUAACCCCGCGAUUUUGAUGGGCGGCGCUCGCGGGAUUCGGCGAGUUUCCAACGCGAUGCUGGUUGCGAUUGUUCGGGCCGCAAUGCAGCACAAGAGGAAGAACUCGGUGUCUGACUCGGUGAUUCUGAGUCAACUCAUGCGCAACGGGUUUGCGCUGCGGAGCGUUGAGUUGAUCGUGUCGAGCGAGUCGAUACCGGAAGCGAGUCGCAACUCGGCUGGGACGACGUCGUUUUCGGAUUAUUUAAUAGUUCAACGGGGUAAUAAUUAUGAUCUUAAUUCUAUUCUUAAAAAGCAAAUUUGUUCUUCUGUGAUGGAUUCUUUUGUUUAUAGCGACUGUCAUAAGGCUGAAAAAUAAAGAGAAAAUAGGAAGAAAAAUAUUGAAUGAGAAAAUUCAUGUACUUAUUGAACUUAGUUUUAUAGUAGCAUAAAUUUUCCCA